AUAUCUUUAGUUUAAAAAACAAAACCAAUAUUCAAACAUGAAGUUCAUAGUAUGCCUGCUGUUUGUGGUGGCACUGCUGGGUCAACAGCAGACCAGCGCCAAGAGCUUGUCCAGUUCUCUGCACCAGUUCGACAAUGAGUUAGGUCGGGCUGCCUCAGAGUUUGGCCAUGAAUUGGGAGACGAGGGAACCCAGUUCGGACAGGAGGCCUCCAACAGCGCCAUUAACUUUGGACACCAAGUAUCCCAGGAAGCGGAACAAGUUGGCAGUGCUGAAAUUGGUUCUCUGGAAAAGCAGGCCCAGUCCUCUUCUUCCUCUAGCUCUUCUUCCGCUUCAGCUGAUUCCACUUCAUCAACGAAUUCCGCAACUGAUAGGGUCGUUGUCAGUACUGACCAGUCCACCAAUAAGGUUACCAGCAGUAAGACUACAACCUGCACCUGCGUCGACAGCGUAGAUAACUCUGGUAAGGAUGCCUCUGGCGCUGCCAAGUCUGUUGCCAAGGAUGCCUCUGGCGCUGCCAAGUCAGUUGCUAAGGACGCCUCUGGUGCUGCCAAGUCAGUUGCCAAGGAUGCCACUGGCGCUGCCAAGGUUGCCACUGGAGAUGCCAAGUCUGUUGCCAAGGAUGCCUCUGGCGCUGCCAAGUCUGUUGCCAAGGAUGCCUCUGGCGCUGCCAAGUCAGUUGCUAAGGACGCCUCUGGUGCUGCCAAGUCAGUAGCCAAGGAUGCCACUGGCGCUGCCAAGUCUGUUGCCAAGGAUGCCACUGGCGCUGCCAAGGAUGCCACUGGAGAUGCCAAGUCUGUUGCCAAGGAUGCCUCUGGCGCUGCCAAGUCAGUUGCUAAGGACGCCUCUGGUGCUGCCAAGUCAGUUGCCAAGGAUGCCACUGGCGCUGCCAAGGAUGCCACUGGAGAUGCCAAGUCUGUUGCCAAGGAUGCCUCUGGCGCUGGCAAGUCAGUUGCUAAGGACGCCUCCGGUGCUGCCAAGUCUGUUGCCAAGGAUGCCACUGGCGCUGCCAAGGAUGCCACUGGAGAUGCCAAAUCUGUUGCCAAGGAUGCCACUGGUGCUGCCAAGUCUGUUGCUAAGGAUGCCACUGGUGCUGCCAAGUCAGUAGCCAAGGAUUCCACUGGCGCUGCCAAGUCUGUUGCCAAGGAUGCCACUGGCGGUGCCAAGUCAGUAGCCAAGGAUGCCACAAAUUCUGCAGAUACAAUUGCCAAUAAUGCUAGCAAUGCUGCAGGCACGAUUGCCAAAGAUGCCACAAAUGGUGCAGAUACAAUUGCCAAAGAUGCCGUAAAUGGGGCAGAUACAAUUGCCAAUAACGCCGCAGAUGCUGCAGGAACAAUUGCCAAUAAUGCCGCAGAUGCUGCAGACACAAUUGCCAAAGAUGCCGCAAAUGGGGCAGAUACAAUUGCCAAUAAUGCUGCAAAUGCUGCAGAUACAAUUGCCAAUAAUGCCGCAAAUGCUGCAGAUACAAUUGCCAAUAAUGCCGCAGAUGCUGCAGACGCAAUUGCUAAUGAUGCAUCCAACUUCGCACACUCGAUUGCUAGUAUUUUUUAGAUAGCACAAUAAUGAAAUUGUCAUCCAUUUUUGAUCUACUUAAUCAAAAAUCGUAAGGAGCGGUAUUUAUUCCCUUACGAUUCAAAAUAUAUUCAUGUACUUGCUCUUCAAA